AUGUAUUCGAAAAUUGCUCUUGUUGCAUUUCUCGCCCGUACUGCCAGGGCUCAACAGAUUGGCACUCUGACCGCUGAGACCCAUCCUUCUCUCACCUGGGAGACCUGCACCGCAGUCGGUUCCUGCACUACCACUACUGGCUCAGUGACCCUCGAUUCCAACUGGCGAUGGACGCAUUCCACAUCCAGCUCUACUAACUGCUAUACGGGCAACACAUGGGACGCAACACUUUGUCCAGAUGACGUUACUUGCGCUGAGAACUGUGCCCUUGACGGUGCUGACUACUCAGGCACGUAUGGAGUUACUACUAGCGGAAAUUCCCUAAAGAUCGAUUUUGUCACCACUUCUUCUCAGAAGAACGUUGGAGCACGUCUCUAUCUCAUGGCUGACAACACGCACUACGAAACGUUUAACUUGCUCAACAAAGAGUUUACAUUUGAUGUUGACGUUUCUCACCUUCCUUGUGGACUCAAUGGCGCACUCUACAUGUCUGCCAUGCCUGCCGACGGGGGAGUAUCAACUCAGACUAACAACAAGGCUGGUGCUCAAUAUGGGACGGGAUAUUGUGACUCUCAAUGCCCCCGAGAUCUUAAAUUCAUCGGAGGCGAAGGCAAUGUCGAGGGUUGGGUACCUUCCACAAACAACGCCAAUACUGGUGUUGGCAAUCAUGGCGCUUGCUGUGCUGAGAUGGAUAUCUGGGAAGCCAACUCAAUCUCCGCUGCGUACACUCCACAUUCGUGUGACACGGCGACUUUGACUGUCUGUGACGGAGACGCUUGUGGAGGAACAUACUCUACCAAUAGAUAUGCUGGGACAUGUGAUCCUGAUGGUUGCGACUUCAACUCUUACCGUAUGGGAAACACCAGUUUCUACGGCCCAGGCAUGGAUGUCAAUACGAAUAGUGUCUUUACUGUCAUCACUCAGUUCCUAACCACCAGCGGAACCUCCUCAGGAACCAUGAACGAAAUAAAACGCUUCUACGUCCAGAACGGUAAGGUGAUCCCCAACUCCUACUCCACCAUCUCCGGCAUCACCGGCAACUCCAUCACCGAGACCUACUGCGACGCAACCAAGACCGUUUUCGACAACACCAACUCCUGGGACACGCACGGCGGCUUUACGUCCAUGACCUCAGCUAUGAACGAUGGCAUGGUGCUCGUGAUGAGUCUUUGGGACGAUUAUUAUGCCAAUAUGUUGUGGCUUGAUAGCGAUUAUCCGACGACGGAUAGUGCGAGUACGCCGGGUGUAGCGAGGGGCACGUGUGCGACGAGUUCGGGGGUGCCGGCCACGGUUGAGUCGAGUGAUGCGAGUGCGUAUGUGAUAUAUUCUAAUAUUAAGGUUGGGGCAAUCAAUAGUACGUUCAGCGCAUAG